AUGCUGGUCCUGCCAGGCAGCUCCGCAAUUUCUCCGUCCAAACGCGACGCCCUAGCGCGCAAAAUUCAGGACGUCUGCCCCCAAGUGGCCGCGGUCGAUGCCGUCUUCAUCCACCUCAUCUCUUGCCGGUCCACCGUCGCGAAAGAAGAGCUGCAGAAUCUAGAAUCGGAGCCACGUUGUGCACUAGACCAGCUCCUACGUUACGGGGACAGCAAUCAGCUCGAAAAUACCCACCUCGCCCUCGAAUCGCAUCGCGAUCUGGCCUACGUGAUUCCUCGACCGGGGUCGAUCUCGCCGUGGUCCAGCAAAGCGACCGAUAUUGCCACCAUCUGCAAACUCGAACAUCACGUCGAGCGUCUCGAGCGCGGCGUCGCCUACGUGUUCACCUUCAAUAAUGACUCACAUCUCAGCCAGGCUCUCAUCGACAUCAUCUCACCGCUCAUCCAUGACCGAAUGACCCAGGUCGUCCAGUCAACCCCCCCAAAGGAAGAAGCCAUUUUUUCCCACAAAGGGGCCAGUCCCCUCCUCACCAUCGAUCUCGUCACCACCGACGUUCGUGACGAAGCUAGGGACAAGCUCGCCGUCGCGAACAAGGAGCUCGGCCUCGCCCUCUCGGCUGACGAGAUGGACUAUCUCGUCGACGCCUACGUCUCCGGCCCCGCAGCGAUGGGCCGCAACCCGACGGACGCGGAGCUCUUCAUGUUCGCACAGGUCAACUCCGAGCACUGCCGCCACAAGAUUUUCAACGCGUCGUGGACGAUCGACGGCGAGGACCGGGACACGUCGCUCUUCCAAAUGAUCCGCAACACCGAGAAGUUGAACAGCACUGGGACGAUCUCUGCCUACUCUGACAACGCUGCCGUCUUCGAGGGCCACAGUGCACCCCGCUUCUCCGUUUCGCAUGCGUCCGACGACACCGACCCCACCGCCGCGCUGACGUACCGCUCGCACGUCGAAGACAUGCCCAUUCUCGUCAAGGUCGAGACGCACAACCAUCCCACCGCCGUCUCGCCCUUCCCUGGGGCCGCGACGGGUUCUGGCGGAGAGAUCCGUGACGAGGGCGCGGUCGGGCGCGGGUCGAAGCCCAAGGCCGGACUCGCGGGCUUCACCGUCUCGAAUCUGCUCAUCCCCGGGUUCGUGCAGCCAUGGGAGACCGACUUCGGGCGCCCUGCGCACAUCGCGUCUGCGCUGGACAUCAUGGUCGACGGCCCGCUCGGCGCGAGCGCGUUCAACAACGAGUUCGGCCGCCCUGCGCUCGCGGGCUACUUCCGCACGUUCGCGGAGCGCGUCCGGCUCCCCGACGGCAGCACCGAGGUCCGCGGGUACCACAAGCCGAUUAUGCUCGCCGGAGGACUCGGGAACGUCCGCCCGGCAUUCGCGCACAAGUCGAAGAUCUCCAACGGGGCGAAAAUCGUCGUCCUCGGCGGACCGGGACUACUCAUCGGACUCGGCGGCGGCGCGGCGAGCAGCCAGGUGUCGGGCGCGGGGUCGGCGGAGCUCGACUUUGCGAGCGUGCAGCGAGACAACGCGGAGAUGCAGCGGCGCUGCCAGCAGGUGAUCGACGCGUGCAUCGCGCGAGGGGACGCGAGCCCGAUCGAGUCCAUCCACGACGUCGGCGCGGGCGGGCUCUCGAACGCGCUCCCGGAGCUCGUGCACGACUCCGGGCUGGGCGCGACGUUCGAGAUUCGGGACGUGCUCGUCGCGGACUCGAGCAUGUCCCCGAUGGAGAUCUGGUGCAACGAGAGCCAGGAGCGGUACGUGCUCGCGGUCGCGCCCGCGCGCGAGGCGCAGUUUCGCGCGGUCGCCGCCCGCGAGCGCUGCCCGUUCUCCGUCGUCGGCACCGCGCAGGACUCGGACGCGCUCGUCGUCACCGACCGGCUGCUCGGCCAGGACGUGAUCAACCUGAAGAUGUCGACGCUGUUCGGGAAGCCCCCGCGCAUGUACCGCCGCGACGCGCACGUCCCGCCGCCCGCGACGCCCUUCCUGCCCGACCUUGCGGCCGCCCUUCCCAACACCCCCGCACCCGCACGCCUCGCAGAAGCCGCCAACCGCGUCCUCCGCCUCCCCUCGGUCGGCUCGAAGGCGUUCCUGAUCACCAUCGGCGACCGCUCCGUCACCGGGCUCGUCACGCGCGACCAGAUGGUCGGGCCGUGGCAGGUGCCCGUCUCAGACGUCGCGGUGACGCGCGCGUCGUACGGCUUCGACGUCCGCGCGGGCGAGGCGAUGGCCGUUGGGGAGCGCACGCCGCUCGCGGUGCUCGACGCCGCGGCGUCCGCGCGGAUGGCCGUCGCGGAGGCGCUCACGAACCUCGCUGCGGCGCACGUUGGGGCGCUCGGGCGCGUGAAGCUGAGCGCGAACUGGAUGUGCGCGGCGGGCAAGGCGGGCGAGGGCGCGGGGCUGUACGACGCCGUGCGCGCGGUCGGGAUGGAGCUCUGCCCGGCGCUCGGGGUCGGGAUCCCGGUCGGGAAGGACUCGAUGUCGAUGUCGAUGCGGUGGCAGGAGCGGGACGGGGAGCGGAAGGAGGUCAGCGCGCCGCUGUCGCUCAUCGUCACGGCGUUCGCGGCGGUCGAGGACGUGGGGAAGACGUGGACGCCGCAGUUGCGCACGGACGUGGACGGGCCGACGGUGCUGCUGUUCUUCGACCUUGCGCGCGGGAAGCAGCGUCUUGGAGGUUCGGCGGUCGCGCAGGUGUUCAAGCAGGUCGGCUCGGAGGCCCCGGAUGUGGUGGAGGCCCAGGACAUCAAGACGUUCUUCGAGGCGUGCCAGGCCAUUCGUGAAAGCCAUCCAGGUGCCAUCCUCGCAUACCACGACAGGUCCGACGGUGGCCUGUUCACGACCAUCGCGGAGAUGGCUUUCGCUGGACGAUGCGGAGUGGACAUCAAGCUCGACGCCGUCGCACAGGAGGACUACGUCUCGGCACUCUUCAACGAAGAACUAGGGGCGGUUGUUCAGGUACUCGAGCGCAGCGUUUCCACUGUUUCCGAAGUCUUCGUCGAGCAAGGUUUCCCAUCGUCUUCCAUCCACGUUCUGGGCAGCGUGACUCGUGAGGAGACCGUCAAGUUCUCAACGUCUUCCGGCGACGUGUUUUCCAGCACCCGCGCGCAACUGCAGUCGGCAUGGACCGAAACGUCCUACCAGAUGCAAUCCCUUCGCGACAACCCGGACUGUGCAGAAGAAGAGUUUGCGCUCAUAUCAUCCCCCGACCACCGCGGGCUCUACUACGACCUGACCUUCUCCCCGCACCAGUCCCGCAACCUCUUCCGCCGCCCCAAGGUCGCCAUCCUGCGCGAGCAGGGCGUGAACGGGCACAUCGAGAUGGCCUGGGCCUUCAACGCCGCCGGCUUCGACGCCGUCGACGUGCACAUGUCCGACAUCCUCUCCGGCGCCGUCUCGCUCUCCUCGUUCCGCGGACUCGCCGCCUGCGGCGGCUUCUCCUACGGCGACGUGCUCGGCGCGGGGCGCGGCUGGGCGUCCUCCGUGCUCCUCAACGCGACCGCGCGCGCCGCGUUCUCCGCGUUCUUCGCGCGCGACGACAGCUUCGCGCUCGGGGUCUGCAACGGCUGCCAGCUCCUCGCCGCGCUCACGGAGGUGAUCCCCGGCGCGGCGGACUGGCCCGCGUUCCGCGCGAACCGCUCCGAGCGCUUCGAGGCCCGCGUUGCCGUCGUCGAGGUCGUACCUGGGCCCGCAACUGCACGUUCGGUCUUCCUGCGGGACAUGGCGGGUGCGCGCCUGCCCGUCGCUGUCGCACACGGGGAGGGCCGCGCGGUGUUCGCGCGCGAGGGGCAGCGCGCGGCGUUGGAGGAAGCCGGGCUCGUCGCGGUGCGGUACGUCGAUGGGAAGGGCGCGCCAGCGGAGGCGGAGGCGUACCCGCUCAACCCGAACGGGAGCCCUGGGGGCAUCACGGGCGUGCAGACACCUGACGGGCGGGUGCUCGCGCUCAUGCCGCACCCGGAGCGCGUCGUGACGAUGGAGAGCAACAGCUGGUAUCCGCCGGAGCUGGCGGAGGCGUGGAAGGGUGUGGGGCCGUGGUUCCAGCUGUUCCAGAGCGCGAGGAAGUGGUGCGGGGAGUGA